AUGAAGAAUAAUAAAUUAUCACUUAAAGUGAUGUUAAAAAAUACGUAAAAUUAGCCAAAAAAAGAUGACAAAGCAUAAAUUAAUGAUAAUAUGAGUAUAUCUUAACACUCAUAUUUUGGCCCAUCGAAAUAAUAGUACGAAUGUUAAUGGAAUCCAAAUAUCUGUAUUACUGCAAAGAAUGAUUCCAAUUUAGAGGCUUUUGAUGAAUCAUAAAUUUAGACCAAUCAAAACAUUAGGACAGCCAACCCAGAAUAACAACGAUAACUCAUUUCAUUCAUUUACUCAGAUCAGACCAUUCCAACUAUGCGUUAAUUGUUAUAAGUGUCAGAACAACUAAUUAUGGGUAAAAUCUGCUAAAAACAUAAGCACAAUUAAAAUCAUCAAACUAGAACUAAAUCAGAGAAUGUAAUUAAUAGAAGAUAAAAUUUAGAAAAAAACUUUUUAGACUCUAAACUAAUUAACAAAGAAUUGAGAAAUGAGAAAUAUAAAAUGUUUUCUCAUAAAAGUAUAAAAUAAAUUCAUCCAAAAUAUAUGUAACAUAAAAAUAAGGCUCUUCAAAUUUUUAUUAAUGGUUAAGUGUUACAGAAAAGUUUUACUCCUACUUCUUAACAGUCUAUUAGAUGUAAAUCAAUGAGUCCUGCUCCAAAUAAAGUUAGACUUUUUAUGAUUUGA